AUGUUGGUAAUGUUCCAGAAUCUCAAAGCCUCUAACAUCACUAAGCUCCAAGUCUCUGAAUUCAUUCUGAUGGGAUUCCCAGGCAUUCACAGCUGACAGCACUGGCUGUCCCUGCCCUUCACUUUGCUUUACCUCUUAGCUCUCAGUGCCAAUAUUUUUAUCCUGAUUGUCAUCAAUCACGAGCCAACAUUGCACCAGGGAACAUAUUUCCUGGGCAUCCUUGCUGUGGUAGACCUGGGCCUAGCUUCCACUGUCACACCAAGGAUAUUGGCCAUCUUAUGGUUCAAUGCUAAGGCCAUCAGUCUCCUUGAGUGCUUUCUGCAGAUGUAUUUCAUACAUUGUUUUAUGGCCAUGGAGUCAGGUGUCUUAGCCUGCAUGGCAAUAGAUAGAUAUGUAGCUAUUUGUCGAUCACUACACUAUCUAUCAAUAAUUAGUGAAUCUUUUUUGGUCAAGGCAACUGUGCUCAUGGCACUCAGAAACACCCUUACUGCAAUCCCAGUGCCUCAGAGACACUACUGCUCCCAGAACCAAAUAGAACAUUGUUUGUGCUCUAAUUUUGGUGUCACUAAUCUAUCCUGUGAUGACAGGACAAUCAACAGAAUCUACCAGCUACUUCUGGCCUGGUCAAUCAUGGUAUGUGAUCUGGGUUUGACUAUUUUUUCAUAUGCUUUGAUACUUCACUCUGUGCUGAAGUUGAACUCAGCAGAAGCUGCAUCCAAGGCCCUAACUACCUGCACAUCCCACUUAAUUCUUAUUCUAUUCUACUAUACAUCUGUCAUUAUUCUUCCCAUCAGUAACUAUGCAGCAGUGACAGUUCCCGUCAUUCCAGUGCUACUCACUGUACUAGAGAUUGCCAUUCCUCCUGCCCUCAACCCCAUGGUGUAUGCACUCAAAAACAAAGAGCUGCGGCAGGCUCUGUAUAAGCUUCUUAAGCUGCUACAUGUCAAUAGAAACUAA